ACCACACCACAUCAUCGCAAACAUGGCGCCCAGAGGAGGCCGCCCAGACAGCACGUCAGCGCGGGACGAUACUGCCGAUAACCACGACAGAGAUCGCAACAAGGACAGAGGCAGGAAUGUUCGAAACGGAGAACGAGAUCGCGUAGGCACACCAACCCGCGACUCCAACCCUCCAAGUCGCGCCCGGCUUGACAGCCCGAACGGUCCCCCAAGAUCGCCUCGCGAGCGCGGAGUGCGACGGAACUACGACGCGAGAGAUCGAUACGGAGGUCGCGACCGCUCACGGAGCCCUCACCGACGCGGCGGAAGGCGACAUGACCGUUCACCAGAUCGACGAGAUAAGAAAGAUCGGGACGACAAUGACAGAAGCACAUACCGUGACCGUGAGCCGCCAAAGGGUCCACGUGGAGGAGGGGCAUAUCGCAAGCCGGAUACCAGGCCCGCAGCACCAGCGAAGACACCAACACCCGCGCCCGUGAAAGCAGAGCCUAAGGAGGUGGAGAUGGAGGACGUUAUGCAGGAUUGUCCUGAGGGCAUGGACCCUGAGGAUUGGAUGAUGCACAGGCUGAUGGGAUUUACACAGUUCAAGUCGACCAAGGACACGAAGGUGCCAGGCAACGACAAGAACUAUGGCGUGAGGAAGGACAAGCUCAUGGCGGCUCGCCAAUACAUGAACAGGCAAGGAGGGUUUAAUAGACCGCUGUCUCCAUCUCGAAAUUAGGGUCUCUGCUGUGGCAAAAGGAACUACUACGCCGUUCUGGCUUCGUCCCACGGGUCUCAAGCAUUUCAAAGGCUAUUCCGAGGUGGUUAUUCUCUGGCUUGGUUUCAUUCUAGAUGGCCUCUCAAGCAUGGCGAAGGAGUUGAGGGUUAUAUAGCUAGUCAAUGAGGCCCCGAUCAUAAUGGGAGCGCCUUUUCUCAUG